AGGCUGGGUCAAGUCUAUUUUGUUCAGUUAUUUAUUUAUUUUAAUUUUCAGAGUCUCUAUCUAGUGUAUUAAAGGGAAUAUAUGUGGGAAAAGUAUUUCUUCUCUAAGAUUCGUUAACUCCUUAAGAAUUAAGAAAGAAUAAAUGAGAAAUGAGAAAUAAGAAGCAGAAUUGAAUUUGGAUCGAAUGAAACAAGGAUGUUGAGCGUGUUCAUUGCUGGGUUGGUUGUUGGGGUGUUAGCAAUUGUCGGCGUGGAAGUCCUGGGAGUGUUGCUUGUGUUAAAUCGGUUGAAUCGGAAGAUCAAGAAAGAAUCUGAUGCGACCCAGCAUCCCAAACUCCAAAGCCAACAGCCCCUCGAUUUCGCUUACAGCAAGCAGGGGAUUGUUUGGGUUUUGGAACCGGAAAAAGUUCCACCCAGAGAGCCCAAGAGAAAGAAGGAAAUGCUGUUGGAGGUUUCUCCCGCUCGAAAACAUGGCAAAAUCGAGGGCAACAGCCUGAUUUUGACACAUUCUGAUGCUUCCCGCACUACUAUUCCCCUCAAGGGCUGCGUAAUUGAGGCUGUUUCCGCUACUAACUUGCCCUCGAGAAAAUGGGCCAAGAAAUUUCCAAUAAAAAUGGAAAGCAAGACUUCACCAAUAUACAAUGGAUGUAAAAUCAUUUACCUUUUUCUGGAGACUUCCUGGGAGAAGGAGUCAUGGUGCAAAGCUCUUCGUCUUGCUUCAUGUGAGGAUAAAGAAAAGUUGAAGUGGUUCACCAUGUUGAAUCUAGAUUUCCAUUCUUACCUGGCAUCUUUAAAUGCUGGAUAUCCUUCAUUAAUGAAACCCUCAUUAGGUUUUAGUGCUGAGCCAAUUGAUAAGGGAAGUGGGCUUGAUGGAACUUCAUCAAAAGUUAGAUUAUUUUGGAAAAAGCUGUCCAGAAGGGCUUCGAAGCCUGGUAUGGAAAAUAAGGGAAUUUGGACUUAUCAACCUGUCCGUGAAGAGAGAAAGACUGAAAAACAGCAGCCAUUCCAAGAUUCAGUGACAAACAAGGCGCCGAACAGUUUGAUCGAAGAAAAUAUGGCAUUUCCAUUAUCACAAGGUUUUCCUCGCUCAGCUAGUCAAAGUUGUACUUCUGUUGCUUCUGAUGCUGAUUCUGAACAAGACAGGCUAAAUUUCGAUGAAGGAACACUCUGCUGGAACUUGAUAAUUUCUCGAAUCUUUUUUGAUAUCAAAGGCAAUGCAGGGUUUAAAAGUUCCAUUCAAACACGGAUUCAGAGAACAUUGUCCAAUAUGAGGACCCCUAGUUACAUAGGUGAAGUCAUUUGUACUGGUGUAGACAUUGGGAAUCUCCCACCUUAUAUCCAUGCAAUGAGGCUCCUCGCUACAGACAUGAAUGAGGUAUGGGCGUUUGAGGUUGAUGCUGAAUACUCUGGUAGAGCUUUGUUAGAUGUUGAAACAAGACUUGAAGUUCAGGACCAGGCUUUUCAAAAAGGCAUAGUGGAUGCAAAUUCAGAAUCAAAUUCUGUUGAGAAUAUGUCUUCAGACCUUCUUGAAGGCUUUGAGCACUUUGGAAAGCAUUUGAAUCUUCCUGAAGAGGAUGAGGUUGACCCUAAAGUUGAUGGUCUAAAAGGCUCUAAAGCUACAUCGACAACAAGUUAUGUGUCUCGCUGGAAGGCUGUUCUAAAUUCCGUAGCUAAACAGGUUUCACAGGUGCCUCUGUCUUUGUCAAUAAGGGUUGCAUCCCUUCGAGGAACGCUGCGGAUAUAUAUAAAGCCACCUCCUUCUGAUCAGUUAUGGUUUGGCUUCACCUCCAUGCCUGAUAUAGAGUUUGACCUUGAGUCUUCUAUUGGGGAACACAAGAUUUCUAGUGGACAUAUUGCUUUGUUCUUGAUCAGUCGGUUUAAGGCGGCCAUACGGGAAACUAUGGUGCUUCCAAAUUGUGAAAGUGCAUGCAUUCCUUGGAUGUUAGCAGAAAAAGAUGAUUGGGUCCCAAAGAAAGUUGCCCCAUUUAUAUGGCUUAAUCAAGAAGCAGUUACUGAUAAUAAAAUUGUGCGUGAAGCUCAAGGCCCUCAACUUACGGAAUCAAAAGCGAAGGAAAACAGGAGAACCUCAGACAGUGAGCAUCAACAACCAAAGGUGGAUUCCUUGCAGCCACCAGUCGUUGAUUGUGCAGCCAUGCCUUCUUCAAGCUCCGUGGAUUCUUCUACUAUAAGGAGUAAGUCCUUGCAAGAUCUAGGAACUCCCCUUCUUGCAACUGAUGAACCACAUGAAGCAUGCCAGGAGAACAGAGAGGAAGCUUCAGAAUCACAGUCAUUAUCUAGGUCACUGGUAGAGUUUGAAAGGCAGAGUGAUGUAAUUGAUGACAAUGAUUCAAGGCCAAAGAAGGUGGGUAGAAAGGCAAGGAUGCUUGAUUUGGGGAAGAAAAUGGGGGAGAAAUUUGAAGAGAAGAGGCGUCACAUCGAAGAAAAGAGUAGGCAUAUUGUUGAGAGGAUGAGAGGACCUUGAGACAACUGAAACAAAAACCACCAUUGAAAACUCACAAGGUAUUCAAGGCAAUAUUCUUGAUACAAUGUUGCUUAGAAAAGAAAGUGAAUUAAGAACUAUAGCAAAAGAAUAGUAUUGCUAUAUCAUAUAGAGGAGGGAUGAGCUAUGAUUCGAUUAUUAGUUAACCGAUUCAGAUACAUUUGUUCCUUAAAUACAAAAAAUUAUACUUAGUUCUGACUUCUUUAUCUUAUAAUCACCAAGUGUGUACAUUACAUAUGUCAUGUAAUAUUAUUCCAUAUUCUUGUUUCCAAA